AUGGCCGCCACCGAUUUGGAGACAGGGGUCAAGAUAGUAAACGCUCCAGCAGCCUUUAAAUCCGAGGUUUGGAAAAAAUUUGGGUUUGUUCAGGGUUCGGACAGAAAACAAGUGGCUUGUAGAUUAUGCUUUGCUGUUCUGGCUUAUAGCGGCAACACCACAAAUAUGAGCACCCAUCUCCGUAGGCAUCAUGGAAUUAUGCAGACUGGCAACGUUACGAUUACUACGAUUGAUCCGACCCCAAGUUGGUGUUCAGAAACAUUAGCAGUAAAAUCAGUAAAGUCGCUGUCUGAAACCCACACCAGUGAUAAGGCACAGUCUACGUUGUUCCGGUUUAAAUCUAGUACAAGCACCCAAAAACUUACUGUUCCAGAAAAACAACGUAUUACAUCAGCACUGACCGAGUUUAUUGUAGACGAUCUCCGUCCCUUUAAACUGGUGGAGUCGGCGAAAUUUAAAAAGCUCAUAAGUAUACUGGAACCAGGAUAUGUGGUACCAGGUCGGCAUCACCUCUCUGAAGUUGAACUUCCCAAUUUGUACGAGGAUGUCAAAGUGAAAGUUUUGAACAGUCUACGUGAAGCUACUACUGUAGCUCUCACCACAGAUGGAUGGACAUCGCGAGUGACCGAGUCCUAUGUAACCGUGACUGUUCAGUUUAUCGACAAAAACUGGGAAAUGAAAAGCUAUGUCUUACAGACUAGGCGUAUGGAUGAAAAACAUACUGGAGUCAAUAUUGCUGGUGUAAUUUCAGCAGCCGUUGUCGAGUGGGGACUAAUGGACAAGCAUCCGGCUUUGGUAUCGGACAAUGCAGCAAACAUGGUUGUGGCAGCUCGGGAAUGUGGACUUACCCCUUUCGUCAGAUGUUUCGCCCAUACAUUGAAUCUUGUUGUGUUUUUUCACAAAAGUACCGUAGCUAAUACCAUUCUGAAGCAGAAGCAAAAGCUACUUGGCUUAUCAGAACAUAAGCUCAAAAUUGAUGUUUCCACUAGAUGGAACUCUGCAUACGACAUGCUUGAACGAUAUCUCGAACAACAAGCAGCAGUGUACGCGGCAUUGUUGGAGACCAAAGAUCUGAGAAAGAGGGAAUCUGACCUUUCUACACUUAAUGAUGGAGACAUUUCAAAUGCGGAGGAAGUGGUCAAAACCAUGGCACAGCUUAAGAAAGCGACAGUGGCUUUGUGUACAGAGAAAGGUCCCACAUUAUCGCUUAUCUGUCCGCUGUUACACAAGCUCUCCACUAGUCUGGUUGCAGCAGCGGGAGACACUACUCUUGUAAAGAAUCUCAAGAAAGCAAUGCAUGACAACCUCGAGACAAGGUACGAGGACGAUCGUCUUUUCCUGCAGACAGCCACCUUUCUUGAUCCCCGCUUCAAACAAGUACCGUUCCUGAAUGAGGAAGAAAAGGACAGAACAGUGAAAUCGGUCCAAGGCAUGGCAUUAUCGACAGUACAGCAGGUACCUGCGGUACGUAUCAAACAGGAGCCCCCAGAUGCUGUUCCACGACCACAGAUGCCAACACUUCCAGCGCUCCCCACAUUGCCACAGCUUGACCAACUUCCAGCGCUUCCCACAUUGCCACAGCUUGACCAGGACGAGCAUGUAUCAGGCCCAGCACUGCCAUUGUCAUCCCUGAUCUUUGUCUCCAGACGAUCCGAGUCUCCUCCUCCAAGGAAAGUGGCAGCGUUGGACGAUCUGUUGGGCGACGUCUUUGUUGAGAAGGUGGAGGAGGCAAAACCGCUAACACCCCAGGAAAUUAUCGAGAAGGAAAUAUCGAUCUAUGCAAAUGAACAACCAAUUAAACUAACUGAUAAUCCCCUAGUUUGGUGGCGAGAACAUUCAAUAUAUUGUCCACAUCUGGCAAAAGUUGCCAAACAUUUGCUUGGUGUACCAGCGACAUCCGUACCGUCAGAGAGGGUUUUUUCUACGACUGGGGAUAUUCUAUCGGCCCAGAGGUCGGGGCUGAAGGCGAAAUACGUGGAUGUGAUGAUUUUCCUAAAGAAGAAUAUGUAA